AUGGACCCUGGACCCUCGCCAUCGAGCAGGCUACCUCUCCAUGUCGUCGUCACAGUGCUGCAAUUCGCUGUUCCUGAGGUAGUGUCGCUGAGCGAGGCACGACUUCUCUGCAAAGGGGCAUCCUCGUCCCUCGCCUCCCCCUCCUUCUGGCGGGGCAUGACCGUCAACCUCACCCGCGACGAGGGAUACGAACCACCGCUAAACAGCCCCCGCCGCCCCCAGCAUGACGAGAGUAGCAGCAAGGUCUCGGCAUCUUCUUCCUCCGCCUCGUCGUCCUCCGGCGGACGCGCUUCGGCGCCCAGGGCAACGGCAACAAGACCCAGGAGCAACGUUGAUUGCCUUCUAGGUGGCAUCGGGGUCGCCGGUUUGGCGUCCUCGCCACCUGCCGGCUGCCAUGGCGGUGGUGCUAUUAGCGGUGCCGGGACAAGGAAGAGAAACCGGGCGGCGGCGGCGGCGGCGGCGGGUGCGGAAGGAACGGGGUCGGGGGCGACAGCAGGACGGCAGUUUCUUCGGCGAUACCAUCACCAUGUUGCGUUCCGACGCUUGACCCCUCCGGUGACCAGCACGGAGACGAUCGACACGCCGGUCCCCCUCUACCCCACGUGUCUCGACGCCUGCGCAGCAGCGGCCCGCGUUCCCGGCAAGGCCGCGACCCCUACCACAGCCUUGAACCGCAGCAGCAACAGAAGCGAGAGCACCGCCUCCGUGACGAGGGUGUACGGUUCCCUCGCCGACGGGACGGGGCCCACCACGGCCGUCCUGCUGGAUAGAGCGAAGGUCAUCGCCGCGGGCCGCGGGUCGCGGAGGAGCGGGGGUGGGUUUGUAAUCAGGAUUUACGCGGUGGACUCGACGAGGCUCUUGCGAACCCUCCGGUGCGUGAGCGAGGUGUCUCGCAUGUCCCUCUUCGACCCCGUCCUCGCCGUCCUCUCGUGGGGCUCGGGCCGCUUGUCGUUCAGGGAUCUGUACGCGGACGGAGGCGGUGGUCUCGGCCAGCGGCACCGUCUUCGAGGCCUCGACUAG